AAGAACUUUCACCUUGACGAGACUAAAGAACUUUCUAUUUCCUCAUGAUAUCAGAUGGCAAACGCCAGUGAGCUGUCGGUGAGCGGUUGUCUAUUUUAGAUCAUGCUAUGUGAUUUUAGAUGCCAGAUGAUAGCCUGAUUUCGAUUUGCUUUUUUAAGAACGCGGCUUCAAAAACAUGUCAGUAGAAAGAAAAGAGAAGUCCUCUCCUGGUGGUGGAGCCGCUCCUCCUCCACCCGCUAGCACCGAAACUUUGCUUCCACCUGCAAAGAGACAGCGAGUUUUGUCAGCCGCAGAGAUAGCGGAUUUUGCAGCUAGUACUGCUGGCGCGGAUGCCAUUGUAGAUGACGGGAGAGAACAAGAUGCGAGAGGCAACUCGAAAAACUCAUUGGCGGAGAAUUCUUCUACUAGUGCAGCGGCGAGUGCGGCGACUAGUGAGGAAGCUGCAGGAGUGGGGGAGAAGGGCGUCGAUAAAGGGACAAACGGAGCAGGUGUGGGAAUAGGACUUGCUGACAAGGCAGAUAAGAAAGAAGCAGAACAAGAAAAAGCUACUUUUAUGUUGAAAGACAAGAACACAAUAGGCAUUGUGUAAAAAUUGCUAGUUCUGAUAGCUAGAACCGCAACGCGGAGAGAACACAUGGCAUGCUAGCGGUGAUCAUCCUGCUCUAGGAUAAGAAGUUGAGCACUCAUCUGGUCUCCGCCAGAUUGCGCUCUUCCCUCUAAAAAUACCACGACAACUGCCUCUUCGGUGUACGAGCCCAACAAAGUCCCGCUCUUCGCCAGCGACCCUAACGCGUGGGUCUCUCUAGGAGAAGGGGCGCCUGGAAUGUACGGAUGGCCGAAGGAGGCGCUUGGUAGUGGUAGUGGCGACGUCCCCUGGAUCUACCAGGAGGAACAGCAGUUGUAUUUCAGGCACAGCAGUGGCGAGUGGUACAAGGAGGUUGACGGAUCGCUUGUGUUACACGCCGAAGACGAAGACAGAAUAGCAGGCGUCUGCACGAUAUGGAAGGAAGAAAAAGGCUUCGGGUUUUUGAAGGUACUGUUAAAAUAACUCGUACUUCUAAGAUUCAUCAUACGAACAAGAUGUCUUGGUCCACAACAUCUAAGAUAACCUGUCUUUUGACAUACAUAGGUCCCCUUGUACGAACAAGAUAUCUUAUUUGUCCAUGCAUCUAUUCGUUUCUUUAAAUGCUGAAUUGAAUCAUCUUGUUUACUUCCUUGGUUCCUAUAUCGUUGUUUCCUCAUCCAACUGGCAUUUACCGGUAGUCGUUGUUUCCUCAUACAACUGGCAUUUACUUAGACUAGUUGCGUUUUGAACUUAUAAUAAGUCUUUUGAUGUGGUGGACAAAGAAAUAGACUAGUUGCGUUUUGAACUUAUAAGUCUUUUGAUGUGGUGGGCAAAGACAUCGUGUUCGUACACAAUCUACAGGUCCCCUUGUACGAACAAGAUGUCUUUGUUCACAACAAACAAGUGAAAGUGCGGGGCCGCGAGCAGUUUCAGAGGCUGUAUCCAGGCGAUGAGGUUAGUUUCGUCUUCGACACCAGCGAUGACGGUCGCCUUUUCGCUUCCGACGUACACCUCUUAGCGGAGGAUAUGGAAGUGGAGAGCAAUGGAGAAGCUGUGGGCUUUUUAUGGUCAACACUGGUAUAAUUAGUGUCCAUCUAUCUCGGUUUGUUUCAGAAGAUGUUGCGUCCUUUGGUCUUCAACGGUCCACCUCAUUAUUCAUCUUUCUCGGCAUCUUGGUACUGCCCUUUUUUCCCUUGUACUUAUUUUCCUAUGAAAUCAUGAUACAAGGGUAUUAAUAAGAGGGUCAAGAUGUUGAGGGGGCCGAGAUGAAAAAAAAAGCUGACUCUAAUGAAUGGAGCAACAAACCAAGCUGUCGCAGGGACAGUCCAAGAAGGAGGCGCGACAUCUUCUUCAUCGAGAAAAGCAGGACAGCAGUUUCUAGAAGGUGAUGAAGAACAUGAUCAUAUUAUUAAGGGACUACAAGGGCAAACGGCAGGAACAGGAAGGAUGGUACUACCUAUGGAAGUAGACGGCGAUGCUGGUGGGGAGAGCGACAGUGGGGAAGAGCUCAAUCUCAUAGGCUCCUUGAACUGCCAUUACUUUUCGGAAAAAGGCCCAUCGAAGGACGAAAACCAAGACCGAUACGCAGAAAAGAAGUCACUGCCGCUCCUGAACAACGACAACAACGCGGAUUUGAUCUAUAUGGGCGUCUUCGACGGGCACAACGGCUCUCUGUGCGCUGAAUACAUGAAAACGGAGUUGAGCAAAAACUUGUGCGCAGCAGUUAACAACGUCGCUAACGACAAAGUGGGUCAGGAGAAGCACGUUUUGCGUGCCGCCGAUAUGCAGAAGGCCUACAGGGCUGCGUACAAAACGUCCGACAAGAACUUUUUGCACAAAGCUAGAAGAGAGGAGGAACUCAGUGGCUCGACCGCGGUGACCUUAAUGUUCUACGGACCAGACGAGGAAGGGCAAUUAGCGAUGUACUCAAUUCUAUUGACGAGUUAUCGUAGUUAUUUUGAACAACAUCGUUCUCAUUCUGGGGUAUCACACACAUCUCAUUCGUAUGUGUGUCUCAUUGGACUAUCAGCGUUCUCGUAUGUGUAACAGGUACACAGCACACGCAGGGGAUAGUUUUGCGAUGCUAAGUCGGCAGGGACAUGCAAUUAGGUUGACUAGCGAUCACAAACCAAGUAGGCCAGACGAGCUAGAUAGAAUUAAGAAUUUGCCGGAUGGAUUGGUACUACAGAUAGCUUUUUUGCUACUUACAACUGCUGAUUUAAAUUGUUCAUUUGUGGAGCAUGAUGUCGCUGUUCGUGAAGUGCCUCAUCUCGGGGUCCCUUAAGUGCCUCAGGGGGGGCCCUUAAGCGCCAUCGCGAGCCCCUUAAGUGUCACGCGGAGCCCCUUAAGUGUCACGGCGAGUCUUUAAGUGCCACACCGAGUCCGUUACCGGUCACCACUUGAGCGAAUACGCUUCAGUGAUGCAGGAAGUGUCACUUAAGUGAUGCUUAAAGUGUCACUUAAGUGAUGCAUGAAGUGUCACUCAAGUGAUGCAUAGAAUGGCGCUUAGGUGAUGCAUAAAAUGGCGCUUAGGUGAUGCAUAAAGUGUCGCUUAAGCGGUGAACGCACUUCGGAGGCGUCACUACUUAAGCGAGGCUGUCGGAGUGGUGACCCCGCCACUUGCACUUCGCUACUUGAAGGUUCACAACACGUCGUCUUCUCAUCCUACCCAAAAAUGAAGCUACUCUGCUAAACUACUCCUAAGAUGAUGUUGUUGCUCCUGCUCUUCGUUACCAUUUCUCGUUCUUGUUGUUCCUUGUCUUGGUUACAACUAUGUCUCGUCAUUUCCCCUCCAACCCGAAACCUUUUCUGAUCAGGCUCAACCAGUGAACGGCGUCUGGCGUGUCCUCGUAAAAGGUCCACCCAGCGGUGGCCAGCAGAAUUAUAUGGGUUUAGCCGUUUCCCGAUCUCUCGGAGACCUUCCGUUUAAAGAAACCCCUGGCGUCGAAUAUGUCUGUGGCGUACCUGAGAUUCGCGGAGACUUGAUCGACCGGGAGAACGACGAUUUUGUCUUGCUGGGCAGUGACGGCAUUUCCGACGUGUUAGAUGAAUAUGCUCUGAAGUGCAUAGUGGAUGAAGCGCGUGAAACCGGAGUGAAAAACGUGGCAGAACUAGUGGUGAAGCGGGCCCGAGAAUUAGGGACACACGAUGACUGCACGGUGCUAGUUUGCUUCUUCGACUGGACGAGCGAGGUGGAUCAAAUUGACGGAGGAGGAGCAGGUGAAAACGCGCCUCCAGUACUAGCAAACGGACAACAGGAUGACGAAGAUGAGGAAGAGAAAGAGACGCUUCUGCCACGAGAGGAGAAGUCUCCUGAGAGGACAGAAGCAGGUCCGAUAGUAGAAGCUGCACAUGCAGCAGAGGUUCCACCCGAACUACCUGCGGACGCGGCAACAUCUAGAAGUGCUGCAGAGGCUACUGCAGAAGCUAACGGCCACCCUAAGCCCGUAGAAGGUAGCGGCAAAAGAGAAACCAAUUCUUCUACAGCAGCUAAUGAAGAUAAUAUAGCUCAAGAAGCUGAUGUAUCAUCAACAGCAGCAGUAGAAUCACCAGCAGUAGAAACUACAGGACCCGAAGAGGAUCUACAAACGCCACCACAAUUGUCAUCGCAAAAUAGCGAAGGUCUAGUUUUUCAGGACGCUUUAGAGACUGCUGAAGAGCUAGCUACAAUCCAAAGUAGAGGAAACUCGAACAAGAAGGAAUUGAUGCACGAACAAGAAAGAGAGAUACUCGAACAAGAAGGCGCUCACAGACAACAGGCGCCACCAUCAUCUUCGGAGGGAGAAGCAGGGGCUGCGAGUCCGGUUGUGCCUGGUGCUGAGAAUAGUACCCUCGUUGAGGGCUCUGCUCCUGGUGAGGCACCUGGUUCGAUUAGUAGCACCUCCGCAGAACAACCUGGUGUUGAACAAGCACAACCAACAGCAGCAGAAGAAGUAACUGCAACAAUCAGUGCAGAUUCUGCUGAAGUUGAAGAAGAACAGCUCAAAAGUAGUGAAUCUCCGGAAGCUGAAGGUGCUACGACUCAAACAAAAGGCAUAGAGACCACUACGCCACGAGGCUCUGACGAAUUUCGCAGUCCUCAGAGUUGUGCAGCACCAUCACCAGAGAAGGAAUAGUAGUGCUUGAAAGUAGACUAAGACUCUUACUUGAUGCUAGUACAUUACAGAAACAUACAGAAACACAAGAUGCUCACGACUAAGGAUCCUAUCAGACUAAGCAUCCUAUCAGACUCGAUGACAAACAACAUACCGUUUUUGGUUUUCUUGAUCCAGUAAGCUUCUGGUAUUCUCAUAUAUAUCAGAAUGCUAGAUCAUGUUGGCGAGAUCAGUAGAUGUACCCUUUAGACUCCUUAUAAAGUACGAACAGGGAACCCCUGUUAGUUGCGGUCUUAAAAACCGAAAACAAGAUCAAAGAGAAUAGAGAGAAGUAU